CAGCAGCAAUGGGAGGCCAUACAGCACCCUAUGACAAAAUGGAACCCACCAGCAGUGUGAGGAGACCUGAAAGUGGCACAUGGCAGAGUGUGGCGAUGGAGACAGCAGCAAUGGGAGGCCGUACAGGGACCCAUGAGACACUCUGGACCUGUCAGCAGCAUGAGGAGGCGGUACAGGGGCCCAUGACAGAAUAUGGGCCUGGCAGCAGCAUGAGGAGUCGGCGGUACAGGGGCCCAUGGCAGAGUGGCGGAGCGUAAGCAGCUAAAAUUGAAGGCCAUACAGAGGCCUAUGUUAAAAAGUCCCCCCAGCAGCAGCGUGGGGAGACGACUAUCAAGAGUCCAAUGGCAGAGUGGCGGAGCAGAAGCAGCUUCAAUUGAAGGCCAUACACAGGCCUAG